AUGCCGCUGAGGCUCUUGAAACUGCCCUUCCCUAUGAGGCUCAUGAACUUCGUUGCUCCUGCAACUGAACCCUGGUACGUCGCCCAGAUGCCUGCCGCCCACUCCGUUGAGAUUGUUGAUGCCUCAGUCCAUCCGGUUGCAUUUGCUGCCGCUCAUCCCCUUCAUGGGCCCUAUCCUCUUCCUCCCCCCCGUCCAACUGCCGCUCCCCUUGCCCCUGGUGGUGCCCAUCUCCUCGAUGCUGCCUCUGCCCUUCUUGCUGCCCAGUCCCUUCCUGCUGCCAAGAAUCUUGCAGCUGCUGAGUCCCUUGGUGCCUAUUCCCUCCCUGCCGCCCAAUCCAUUGCUGCUGCCCAGUCCCUAGCUGUUCCUCAGUCCCUAGCUGCUGCCCAGUCCUUUCCUGUCGCCCAAUCCCAUCCUGCUGACCUCGGUUUUGGUGUCGCCCAGUCCCUAGCUGCUGCCCAAUCCCUUGCUGCGGCCCAGUCCCUUGCUGCUGCCGAAAAUCUUGCAUCUGCCAAGCCCCUUGCUGCCUCCUCCCUCUCUGCUGCCCAAUCCGUUGCUGCUGCCCAAUUCGUUGCUCCUGCCCAGCCCCUUGCUGCUGCUCACUCCCUUCAUGCCACCCUGUCCCUUGAUGCUGCCCAGUCCCUUGAUGCUGCUCAGUCCCUUGCUGCUGCCCAGUCCCUUGCUGCUGCCCAGUCCCUUGCUGCUGCCCAGUCCCUUGCUGCUGCCCAGUCCCUUGCUGCCUAUUCCCUCCCUGCUGCCCAGUCCCUUGCUGCUGCCCAAUCCCUUGCUGCUCUCGCCAGCAGUGAGACGGCGGCGGCGCUAUUGGCGCGGGUACGGGCGCGCGGAGAGGCGCGGGGGAGAGCGCGGACGGGGUUCAGCGUGGUGGACGAGCACCGGGGAGUGGCGGAGGGGGGCAGCGGGGGAGUGGCGGAGGUGGUGGGCGGCAGUGGUAGCGGCAAGACGGAAGUGCUCAUGAGGCUGGCGGCCGCGCAUCUCCUGCCACUCCCUCCACGCCCCGCCCGCCCACCUGCCGCUGGCGGUGCUCAUGAUAACAACAGCAGCGGGUGGGGCCGAUGGGGAGUGGGAGCGGGCGCGGGCGCGGUGGUGGUGUACAUGGACCUCGACGCGCGCUUCCCCUCGCCGCGCUUCCUGCACCUGCUGCACGCCCGCGCCAUGCAGUGCGUGGGAGAAGCCGUGGAGGGCUCGCCAGCACACGCAUGCGAGCAGCACCAGCAGCAGCGGCGCGUGGAGGGGUUGGUGCAAGCAGCGCUGCGUCGCUUCCAUCUGCUGCCGUGCCGCAACACAUGCCACUGGCUCGCAUGCCUCAAGUCCGUGUCGUCCUUGCUGCCCGCGUGGCGUGCACAGCAGCGCGAGCACCCCCCUGCCGUGGGCAGCAUGGGUGCAGGGGUGACUGCAGGCGUGGGGGAAGGGGCCAAUGAUGGCCAGGCGGUGGAGAGAAUGGAGGCCGUGGGGGCAGGCGAGGCGAGUGGGGUGCAGGGCGAGCAGGGAGUGGAUGCAGGGGAUGUGGCAGUGGGGGCAGAUGUGGGUGCAGGCAUCGGGGCCUUCUACUGGUUGGACCGGGCUGUUCCUCCUGCCCACGCACCAAGCGACCAUGGAGGCAAGCUGCUGACGUGGGUGACGGCGGCAGAGGUGGCAGCGCGGGAGCUGCAGCAGCUGUCGCAGUGGCACGGGGUGGCCGUGGUUGCUGCCCGCACCGCCAUCUUUGGUGCUCGCUCCCUGCCCCCUGCUGCCGCCGCUGCCGCUGCUGCUGCACGUGAGCCAUCCAGUGCGCCAGGGGAUGCUGCUGCCCCCGUGCUGCCACUGCAUGUGCCCCCACGCGAGUACAUGCCUGCUGCAUGGCAGGCCAUUGUCUCGCACCGCCUCUCCCUUGCGGGCCCUUUUUCGCCCUCUGACCCUCUCCAACCUUCCCAGUCCCAUUGUGCUCCCAGUCAGUCGCUGCCACUUUCAUCCAUGUCCUUCUCUCCUCGCCUUCUCAUCACCACCUGCAUGCGCCUGCUAUCUUCCCUCAUCACAAUCCUCCUCUUCAAGAGCCCUGUCCUGCACACUCAGCUCAACACUGCUGUCAUGCACGCCCUGCCAGCUCUCUUCUCCGCGUGCUGGAUGUGCCCAUCGCAAGCAGCGCAUGCACACCUGCCCGCGCAUGCCCGCCAGGGGAGCAGAGUGCCUGUGUGCGCGCAAAGGGAGCACGCCGCUGCAGACAUGGCGCCCACACACCCUGUCUGCACGCUCUUCCACAUCACUCAGGCUGGCCCAUGCUCCCUACCAUGA